AUGUCUCCGGCUAAAGUUGAUACUACGAAGAAGGCCGACCCAAAGGCCAAGGCUUUGAAGGCUGCGAAAGCGGUGAAAUCCGGACAAGGCUUCAAGAAGAAGGACAGGAAGAUUAGGACUAAGGUCACCUUCCACAGGCCCAAGACUUUGACCAAGCUCAGAGACCCCAAGUACCCGAAACACAGCGCACCCCCGAGGAACAAGUUGGAUCAUUACGCAAUCCUUAAGUACCCACUCACCACCGAGUCUGCGAUGAAGAAGAUCGAGGACAACAACACUCUUGUCUUCAUUGUUGACAUUCGUGCCGACAAGAAGAAGAUUAAAGAUGCUGUUAAGAAGAUGUAUGACAUCCAGACCAAAAAGGUUAACACUCUCAUCAGGCCUGAUGGAACGAAGAAGGCUUACGUUAGGCUUACACCGGAUUACGAUGCUUUAGAUGUUGCUAACAAGAUUGGCAUCAUCUAA